UAGAAGGCCUGUUGUAGAGGGAAACCACCCAUCCUUCUGCCUCCCACCACUACCAUCACCCUAGCUGGACGAAAAGGGUGACGGGGGCUGGGAAGGAGCAGCUCAUGUUCGGGUUUCCAGGAGGGACUACCUGUUUAUUGUCUUUGCAGGAAGAAGAAAACACCUGAGUGACCAGAUGUCUCAGCUCCCGGUGCCUUGCCAGAGCCACACCUCUCAAAGAGUGACAGGUGCCAGUGUCCUGUGAGGCAUGGUUUCCGCAGACCUGAAAUGACUGGAACCCCAAAGACUCAAGAAGCAGCUAACAGUCUUGAAGUAGACAUGAGCGAAACACAAGUAAGGCCCAGGCUGUGGACUACCUGCCAGGAUGGAGAAGUCCUUCUGAGGCUGUCCAAACACGGACCAGGCCAUGAGACCCCGAUGACCAUCCCCGAAUUUUUUCAAGAGUCAGUCAACCGAUUUGGAACUUAUCCAGCCCUCGCAUUCAAGAACAGUGAAAAAUGGGAAAUUCUGAAUUUCAACCAGUACUACAAGGCUUGUUGGAAGGCUGCGAAAUCUUUGAUCAAACUGGGCUUGAAGCGUUUCCAUGGAGUUGGCAUCCUGGGGUUUAACUCUGCGGAGUGGUUUAUCGCUGCUCUUGGCGCCAUCCUAGCCGGGUAAGAUCAUUGGCUUGGU